CCUUGAGCAAAUUUCCAUCCUUUAUUAUUGGAGCUGAUACAGGACGAAUAUAUACCCAGUGUGUUAGUGUCACCAGUCUCAAAUUUGUUAACGCGCAUCAGCUGAGAUUUGAUCUUGGCAUUACUAGAAAUUCUAUUAGCGAAUCCAAGCGCCGCUUUUGAAAAGAUAAAAAUGAAUGAUGCUGUUGCUCCGAAAAUUUACGAGAUAGUGAAGAAAGCUGUGAACGGAGACAUAGAGAAUUAUGAAAUCACUGUACAGGGCUCCAACAAAAAGGGAGAGGGAUACCUGGGACAGAUCUUCUUCAUCUCCUUGCGAGAUAAAACUACCGGUAAGCAGAUGAGUAUUGUAGUGAAGCAGGCUUUUCCAGAGCAAGCUUUAAGAGAGAUUAACCGUAUAAGGCAAAUUUACUUCAACGAGAUUUAUUUCUACACGGAAGUAUGGCCAAAACUGUUUAAAUUCCAAGAGAGAAUACCCAAAGAGAACCGUUUUAGCAACAUAGCAAAAUGUCUGGCUACCAUUUCUGAGAAGAAUUUCGAAAGACUGGCUCUGGAGGAUUUGAAAUGUGAAGGAUUCGUGAUGCACGACAAGAAAAAGAUCGUGGAGAAGGAAAAGUUUGAAUUUAUUUUCAAAUUGUAUGGGAGGUUCCACGCAAUGUCGUUCGCUUACAAAGCCUUGCACCCUGAAGAUUUCUCUGAGCUAGCCGAACGAUUUUAUAGCAUAAAUGUAAAUACGUUUGAGAAGGAAGGCUUCGUAGUUUUUUACAAAUAUGUGUAUGAAGAGUGCUUAGAAGGUCUACAACCAGGUGUGGACGAUGCAGUUAUUGAAAAGUACAGGCAUUACGUUGAUGAUGGAGUGAAAUUAUCUAAGGAGUGUUUGGUCAACGGAAAAUACACUGCCAUUAUCCAUGGUGACUGCUGGAGCAACAACAUUAUGUUCAAGUAUGACCAUUCUGGAAAGCUCACCGACGUAAGAUUCCUGGAUUUCCAGGCUGUCAGACUGGGAUCUCCAGUCUGUGACCUCUCUUACUGCUUGUACUCUGGUGGUACGAAGGAAAUCUUUGAUGACCUAGAUCGUUUGCUUCAGAUUUACCAUGAUAGUCUUUCAGAAAACAUUAGAGCAUUUGGGUGUGAUCCAGACGAACUAUACCCUUUGAAAGCCUUAAAGGAUGAUUGGAAGGUGUAUUGCCAGUGGGGUGUUUCGGCAGGUUUCUUGGUUUGGAGAGGAAAACUUAUAUACAACGACGAAGCCCUUGAUUUGACUGACAUGACAACGGAAGACGGUCAAAACGUUCAAAAGUUCAUGGAUGCUAAGUUCGAUGAGAAGACUUUCAAGGAAAGGACCAGGGACAUAAUUUUACAUAUGUAUGAAUGUAAUUAUUUACUUUAAUCGAAA